GGUGUUUCACCAGGAAUUAGCGCUAUUGUUGCUGUAGUGUAAUUUGUGUACAGUGAAAGAUCAGAGCUGAUGUUACAGGAGUAUUAGGGGAGUAGCGGGUGUGAGUAUUGUAGUAUUAUCUGGGCAGUGUUAUAAACUGUGUGUUAGGGGUACAGAUGGCGGCCGCGGUGGUGCUACAGACGCAGAUCAGCGCGAUACUGGAGGUUCUGGCUAAAGCGGCAGUGGCAGAGAUCAGUCAGCUGAUCCAGGAGGACAGUGUGGUUCUUCACCUGGAGAUCAAACGGAGGGAAGAUGAGAUAGACGGGCUGAAGAAGCGCCUGCAUGUCACCGAGAAAGAGCUGAAGAAAGCUCAGGCUGUUCCUGAUAAAUGUUCAAUCGGUGUUCAGGCCGAGAUACUGGAUACAGAUUUAAUACCCAGUCGAAAUAGACUCUUACCUGGCAACCCCCUCCAAACAUUCGAUACGGUUUUACAGCAAACGCCAAAAGAUGAGAAACCACAGCCCUCCCACAGAAUGCAGACGCCUCCACAGCACAUACCUGAAGAGCCACAGAGUGCGGCCCAGACCUUCGCUCCUGAGUCAAGCAGCAAACCACAACCUCAACAGGUGUGUGACGAAGAUGAGUUCAGCAGGCUGGAGUUUGAGAUGAAGAUGGAGCAGGUGGAGGAGCUGGUGGAUCAGGAGCUGAACCUGCAGAGGGCCAACUACAGGACGGUGUGUACGGAAGCUGGAUCUAAUCAGAAGACCGGUGCGCAGAUGUGGUCGCCUGUGGAUGAUGAUGACUCGGUGACUGAUUACAUCAUGCCUGAUGGUACUAUGGGCUUAGAGCAGUACCAGCAGGUUCCCACGGAACCCUGUGCAGAACCUGUUCCACACCCACAGUUACCUGCCAACAUUCAGAACUCGCCAGGUAACAUGCUUCCGCUGUGGGAGCGAACGGCAGCCGUCCAACUGAGGACUAAACCCUUCCGCUGUGAGCAGUGCGGGAAACGCUUCACCCAGAGGACCAGGCUCAUAACGCACAGGCGGAUCCACACCGGAGAGAAGCCCUAUCACUGCCAGCUCUGCGGUAAAAUGUUCUCCAGACAGGAUAACUGCCUCAGGCAUGUACGUCUCCACAGCGGACAGAGGUGGUAAAAAAAAAAAAAAAAAAGCUGUGGCCAGUGCUGUGCUUGGACUGUGCUCGUAUUAACUGGAACGAGAGGAACAUUUAUUUAGUUCUUUAUAAUAAGAAUCUUCACAAAACAAACCAAAAAAACUAUUUCAGACAGUAGAGUCCAAUCCCAUUUCACCCCUUGGCCCUACCCCUUCGUUUCGAGGGUGAAAUCCUCCCUCUAAGAAUUGGGACGACCCUUUAAGCUCCCGAUACUUCAUCUGGAGCGCUAAAGUUUAGUACUAGCUGCUGGUUAACUAGUUAACUUUAGGGCGUUUUUUAUUGAAUGUCUUCAGAAAGGGGGGAGAUUGUGGAGAAAUUAAUUUAUUAGUGUCCAUUCCUUAAUUCCUCUGUGAUCAGGAGCUGAAAUUAGCUUUGAUUAGCUUUUAUUUUAUGUUAUUUUUCCGCUCCGCCUUAAAUGCUGCAGCCCCUGCCAUUUCUUGCGCCAUUUUAAGGUGGAACUGAAAAGUUAGUUAGCUGGCUAGCUACUGAGACAAACUACUUGCAAUCUUUUUUAUGCUUUAUAUAAAGAAUUCAGCCAUGAAACAUUAUAGCUACACAUUAAACAAUGGUAAUAUAGUGCUAAUUCUCACUUAAAAAAAAAAAGGAAAAUACUUACAUUUGUGGGUUUCUUUGGUCGCUUGCUCCUCGGUUUAAAGUGUGCAUCUGAAAAAUAUCUGGUAGUGUUAACAAGCCCUAUCCCUUCCCCAAACCUACCCCUCCAGCCUAACCAGAAUCAGGACACCCCUACCUCUUGGCGUGUAUGAGCAAAACAGAGGGUUAGGGGUAAGGGGUAAUGGGGGAAAUGGGAUUGGGCCUGAGUUCAAACCAAAUUACCACCCUUGUAGCAGAAGCCAGUGGUCAGGUGAUUUGAUAAAAGCAGAAAAAAUGAUUGGACAGCAGCAUCUCCAAAACAUCUGUCAGGUCUUGUGUGGUGCUUCUGAUAGGCAGUGGUCAGUACCUACUAAAACUGCUCCAAGAAAGGGCAACCAUAGACAGGGUCGUGGGCACCCGUGGCUAAUUGAUGCAAUCCAUGAAGGUUCCACUUCGCAACUUAUGCCAGGUUCACACUAAACGACUUUAUGAGUUGUCAGUCUUUGUGCUGUUCACAGUUCACGAAUGGUUGUGCUCUAAUCGGGAGUCCUUCAGUUGUCGAGACUUAUUAUUAGCGAUACACACAGGAUGAUGUGUAUGCCAGGCCAGAGAAUCUCUAUAGAGGACAAUACUCGCUUGCGGCAAGUCCAAAAUGAAUGAGUUCAUAUAAAGCAACUGAGCAAAAUCAAGAUUUUUUUUAAAUGUCUGAUCAUUUGAAAUAUGUACUUGACAAAGAACUAUAUCAUAUGUUUCAUUACCGGAGACAUGAUGUUACAUAAUCGUUUAAAGCAGACAUUUUUUUAAUAAGUAGAGUUUAAAACAGAGCUUUUAAAAAACAUUUUCGGGCUGUUUCAAUGAGCGAAAUUUGUUCAGAAUUAUGUUAAUUAACAUUGCAACACUGAAGAAGCAUAGACCUAUUUUUUAGGGAAAGCAACGUACAGUGCUGCAAUCAAUAGUGGACAAGCAAAGAAGAAGCUCAGGUGUGCGUGAGCCCCAGAGCUGCAUAAUUAUAACAUUCUAACUUGUGCAACUUUUAUUUAAAAACAGUUCGAUUUAUUACUUUGCUAUAUUGUGAUUAUCAUGCCAUAGCUUUAUAUAAAAUAAAUCUAGCAUUAAAAACAGAUGCCUAGGUCACAGACUAUUUUCCUGAGCCCAACCUGACCUGGGCCUCUGGUUGGGUCAGGUUCGGGCAGAGAAUCUAAACUGUAGUCAGGCCCUCUAUAAACAGCUCUGGUCAUGCAGGAGAUGGCUGUAGGUAGCCACUGCUCCUGUCUCUCAGUCGCCGACUGGAUCAGAUAUUUAGCAUGCCAAAUAUUUGCCAGGCAUCUGCGACUUGCCGGCGAUCACUCGUCUACCGAUCGGCAAACGUAUUUUAAGAGAUCCCCAAUUGGAGUAAAAUUGGAGAAAAAUUGUCAGUGACUGAAAAAUAAAAACAUUUAAAUUGUGUAGUGUGAACGUGGCAUUACAGAACUUGAAGCAUCUGCUGCUAACUAGUGUAUUGGUUCAACAUAUCAUCAUCAAAUGUAGGGCUGUGUUGUAGGUGGUAUGUAGUGCUAAUGAUAUGGCUGAUCUGUGUAUAUAGUAUGCAGCUUUCCAAUGGCUGGCUUCUGCUAUAAGGGAGUUCUUUUUUUAUUUUUAUUUUUUGUUAAAGGGAACAUUUUCAGGAAUAUUGCCGGUUAUUUGGUGCAUAUGACUCCACAGUGACCUCUGGGAAUGCAUGUAUAAGAGAUAUAGAAGCAGGUACUGGUACUGCAGAACUGAGAUGUUUUAUUUCUUGUUUAUAUUACAUUAUUUCUCUCCAUUGUAAACGUUAUCGUGUAUUAAAAAAGGACUCAUUUUGACUCCAGGAGGGAAAAGUGAAUGACAGUGAGCAUUGAUGCAACCAAGAACGUUUUUUUUUUUUAUUCAGUUUGUUAGAAAAAGUGUUUUUCUUACUUCCAACAUUUCAUUCCAUUGGUUAACAUGUUACAAGGUACAUGCCGUACAUGUAUAUGGCAUAGAGGGUGACAUUGCUGCUCUCCUGGAGGUAGAAGUUGGGAAACUCUGCUUGGAAAAGUGCCCAGGUUGGAGUCCUUGAGCAAAGCUCUUCCUACAACGAUGGCCUACCUCUGAGUCAUGGUUACAUAAGAGCAACUGCUACAUGCCAAACGGAAAUUUCCACCAGCUUCAUUGUUGUCAUUCAUUCAAUAUUAUUUAAUAGAAUAAGUUCAUACAAUAAAGAGUCUUCUAAUAA